ACGAUGUUAUUAUUAUGAUUAUAUGUUGAAACAAGCCGGUCGCUUGGCGGUGUUUGAAUAGCGGCAUAGGCAUAGCUUUCUUGAAUGUACACAAUCGUUGACUUCUCAUAACUAUUUGUUCACUUCAAUGUUAUAUACUGUUAUUAAUUAAGUGAAAGUAUAUUAUAAAAUUAUAAAAACGAAAAAAGGACUGAUUUUUAAAAUAAAAAACAAAAAUGGUUUUGACACAAUUUGAAUUAAAAUCAUGGUCAAAUAAUAAUGAUGAUACCACGAGUAUGAUGGAUACAAACUUUUUAUAUAAUUCGACAACAGAAUGUUUGGAACAACAACCAGAUACAAAUCCACAUUUAUUUAGCAUUAGUUCAUCCAACGGAUAUUACGGGUAUCAACCCGUUACAACGAGUAUGAAACAGGAAAAUUUAAUUAUUAAUGAUUGUGAUAUGUCUAGUAUGCAUUGUGAUAACAUUGUGCAGGAAAACAACAUGAUUGGUGGUGACAGUGAUAUGCGGUCAAAAUGUGAUGGAAAAUUUAAUAAUCAACAAAUUUUAACGUAUUUGGGACAUGAGACGAAACCAGAGUUACAACAACGGUGUGCUGUAUUGAAUUCGUCACAAAGAAAACGAAGAUAUGAUACUAAUUACGAAUUGAAGCAAUGCUCUAAGAAAUUGCGCCAAGAAGGAUGUAAUAUUCAGAAAAAAAAUGUACUUACGGAACAUGAUACAUUUGUGGAGGAUGAAUUAUUAUAUAAUAUACAUGGAACAAGUUCUUAUCAUUGGAUAAGAGCAACUUCGGUGGACAUAAUUAAUACUUAGUUUUAUUACUUUACUAAUUAAUAAUACAUAUCUUAUA